AUGAAGACAUUAUUCAUAGCGCUGUUAGCAAUCGGUGCCCUGUGCAGUGACGUGGUGUCUAGCUCUAGUCAGCGGAUGGUGCGCGAAGGAUGGUUCGAGACUCGUGUUGACCACUUCAAUCCCCGCAAUCAGGAUACGUUCGCCAUGCGGUACUACAUGAACGAUGAAUUUGCGUACGGCAGAGGGCCCAUAUUCGUCGUGGUUGGUGCCGCUGGUCCCAUACAGACUCGUUGGAUCACCGAGGGUUUGUUCUACGAUACUGCUUAUCUAGAGGGCGCCUAUCUGUUCACCAACGAGUUACGCUACUUCGGCUAUAGUCUUCCGGUCGAAGAUGCAUCUUCCGAAAAUAUGGACUUCCUAAACGCUGAUCAGGCAUUGGCCGAUCUGGCCGAAUGGAUAACGUACCUUAAGGAGAACGUCGUACGCAAUCCAUCCGCAAAGGUUAUCCUCAUGGGUACCGCGUAUGGUGGCGCCCUUGCCACCUGGUUCCGACAGAAGUACCCACAUCUGGCCAACGGUGUCUGGGUUUCGAGUGGAGCCAUUCAGGCGGACUUUGCAUUCGCCGGGUACAAUGAAGCGCUCGGGGAGAGCAUCCGACAGUACGGAAGUGAUGCAUGCUACAGCACGAUCUGGAGUGGGUUCCGAGUGGCUCAAAACAUGGCCACCCUUGGCCUGACGGAGCUCCUUUCGACCGAGUUUCAUCUGUGCGAAUCACUCGAUACGGAGAAUGAACAGGACGUUCGGGCAUUCCUGCUUGGGCUGCGUGAUAACAUCGAGUUCGAGAUGCUUCACCUUCGAAACACGAAUGCCAUCCGAGAGAUGUGUGAGGAACUUGAGGAGGAGCGGGACAGCAGCCUGAAUGCGCUGAUUGACUGGUUCGCUCGGGAGCACCAGUACGAACAGUGUGUCGACAUGAACUUCGACAGCUACAUGGCCCCGUAUCUCGAGACAAACUUCAACGCAGCGCCCCUCCAGGCCGGACACAGGCAGCGGCUGUAUCUUCAGUGUACCGAGGAGGGCUUCUUCCCGACGACCGAAUCCGAGGAGCAACCGUUCGGAAAUCUGAUCGAUCGGUCCUUCUUUGCCGCUGUUUGCCAGAGUGCCUUCGGCGAAUGGCUCACGGAGGAGGUAAUCGAGCGUCAACUGCGCUCAACCAACACGCGCUUCGGUGGACUUAAUCCGGCCAUCGAGAGAGGACACUUCACAAACGGUGGGGUUGAUCCGUACCGCGUGGGAAGCCUGCUGGAGGAUUUGAACGAAAAAACACCCGCGACGCUCAUCCCUGGGACAUUUGUAUCGCCGGAUUUGGACUCGAUCGACUACGAGUACGACUCGGAGGAGCUGAUCGCGGCCAAGGAACGCACGAGAACGCUAAUUGACACCUGGAUCUUUGAAGAUUUUGAGCCGAUCCAUCAGCAUGUGUGA